AUGUCUCCCUUGGCAGUCUCUACUAAGAAGGUUGACAUCGUCGAUAUCCGUCAGAAUGACGUGGGUUUUUCUCUCACCAACGAUAUCCACGGAGGGAUCGACCCUCCCGCAGGGGUCAGACGUUCUAUGCCCACAAUGCUUCUAUAUGAUACUAAGGGUCUCAACCUCUUCGAGGAGAUCACCUACCUGGACGAGUACUACCCUACUAAUGCGGAAAUCGAGGUGUUGGAGACCCACGCCAAACGGAUUGCGGAGUGGAUCCCAAACAACGGCCAGCUACUCGAGCUAGGUAGCGGAAACCUUCGCAAGAUCGAGAUUCUACUUCGAGAACUCGAGCGCGUAGGAAAACAUGUCGACUACUAUGCCCUGGAUUUGUCGCUCUCGGAACUGCAGCGCACCUUCUCUGAAGUUUCCAUUGAAGGCUAUGCCCACGUUGGCUUUCAUGGCCUUCACGGGACCUACGAUGAUGCCGUCGCUUGGCUCAGGAACCCGGAGAAUAGGAAACGUCCCGCCGUGAUCUUGUCAAUGGGUUCCUCUCUGGGAAAUUUCAAUCGUUCAGAUGCAUCCGUGUUCCUCUCGCAAUUUGCAGAUCUUCUGGGCCCGUCGGAUCUGAUGGUACUAGGGCUUGAUGCCUGUAAGGACCCGGACAAAGUGUACAGAGCCUACAACGAUUCGAAGGGAAUUACAAAGCAAUUCUACGAGAAUGGUCUACUGCAUGCAAACAAGGUUCUUGGAUACGAAGCCUUCAAACUGGCGGAGUGGGACGUGGUAACUGGCUAUAAUGUUGCUGAAGGAUAUCAUGAGGCAUUCUAUUCUCCCAAACAGGAUGUGACCAUCAACAGCGUUUUCAUCCCCCAGGGAGAAAAACUGAUCUUUGAAGAGGCAUACAAAUAUGAUGCACAGGAGCGUGAGCAACUGUGGAAGGAUGCCAGGUUGAUUCAUGGCGCUGAGUUUGGCAACAGCUCUGAUGACUAUCACAUCCAUUUGCUGUCAUCUGCUGCUUUCAGCUUCCCACUUUCUCGUGCCCAGUAUGCAGCCCACCCAAUCCCAAGCCUUCAAGAAUUUCAGUCACUCUGGGCUGCAUGGGAUAUUACCACCAAAGCAAUGGUUCCUCGUGAAGAGCUCCUUUCAAAGCCGAUAAAACUCCGUAACGCAUUGAUUUUCUACCUGGGCCAUAUUCCCACGUUUAUGGGCGGGAAUCCAACGCACCCCAAAUCCUACCAACUGAUUUUUGAGCGCGGAAUAGAUCCCGAUGUGGAUAACCCCGAGAAGUGUCACGCACACAGCGAAAUCCCAGCAGAGUGGCCAGCUCUCAGCGAUAUCCUGGACUACCAAGAAAGGGUCCGAAACAGGGUCAAGUUUAUUCUCGAGAUGGAAGGCCUUGACAACAAUCGAUUGAUGGCUGAAGCCCUUUGGAUCGGAUUCGAGCACGAGGCGAUGCACCUGGAGACGUUCCUCUACAUGUUGCUCCAAAGCGAUAAGACCCUUCCCCCACCUGCUGUUCAAAGACCAGAUUUCGAGAGAAUAUUCCAUGAUGCUAGAAAACAUGCGAAGCCCAACGAGUGGUUUACCAUUCCGGCACAGACCAUGACAAUUGGCCUUGAGGACCAAGAUGACGGGUCUUUGCCCCAAGCUACGUUCGGUUGGGACAACGAAAAGCCUGAGCGGGUAGUGGCUGCUGAGGCAUUCGAGGCACAGGCUCGGCCUAUAACCAAUGGUGAAUAUGCCAAAUUUUUACAAGCCAAACAGUUACGUCGGUGGCCGGCAUCAUGGGCUCUUUCCCAUUGCGACGAAAACUUCCCAAUCUCUUCGGGAGUCAGCCAAAGCAGUCUUCAUGCCUCGAGAGAUUUUAUGUCCAACUUUGCCGUGCGUACUGUGUUUUGUCUGGUUCCACUUGAGCUCGCCCAGGACUGGCCAGUCAUGGCAUCAUAUAAUGAACUGGCUGAAUACGCAGAGUGGAUGGGGUGCAGAAUCCCGACAUUUGAGGAGGUUAAAAGUAUUUAUUUGCAUGCUGAACAACUGCGAAGACCGAACGGCAGUGCGCUCAAUGGCCAUGGCGAACCCGAGCGGUUGAAUGGGGAAAAGAGCUAUCUUAAUGGGAACCGACCUCGUACCCCAGAUCACCAGCCUGUGCAGCCCCCUUCCCGAGGUGCCUUGCCAGUGUUCGUUGACCUCAACGGCUGUAACGUUGGGUUUACGCACUGGCACCCUACCCCAGUCAUCCAGGACGGCAAUCGGCUUGCUGGCCAUGGAGAACUGGGGGGCGUGUGGGAGUGGUGUAGUACAGCACUGACCCCAUAUGAAGGCUUCAAGGCCAUGGAUAUUUACCCAGGAUAUACGGCGGAUUUCUUCGACGGCAAACACAAUAUCGUGCUUGGUGGCUCCUGGGCAACUCAUCCUCGGAUCGCCGGGCGAACGACAGUAGUCAAUUGGUACCAGCACAAUUACCUCUACCCCUGGGCGGGAGCACGUCUCGUACGUGAUCUGUAA